AUGGAAAAGUUCCCGACCGAUGAGACCGUAUGGCAUGGGUUCGUCAACUGGGAGAAAUAUCCGGAUCGCAAGGAAGAAGCGGAAAAGGUCCUCAAACAACACACCUUUACCCCGAUCCCCGAGUUCCAACUCAUCCCGUUACCGUCGACCAACCCGAUCUUGCUCGGACAUCGGUGGAAAGAGUACCACCUGGCUCUCGGACCGAACUUGAACAAGAUCCACGAGGAGAGUUGGAAGAUCUUCAAGGAGGAGAAGAGGGAGAACAUGCUAGUCGUCCUGGACUUUCCUAUGAACUGCGAGCCGAAGAGGUCCGACCUACUCAAAUCGCACAUCACCCCGAAUGAUAUCCACUUUGUCCGCAAUCACGGUGGUGUCCCCACCGUGAGCGACGUCAACAAGUACUCUAUCGCCAUCGGUGGGCUUGUCAAGAAUCCGGGGGAACUCUUGUUCAACGAUUUGAAGGAUCCGGCCAAGUUCGAGCAGGUGGAAAUGACCAUCACGCUGCAGUGUAGUGGGACGAGGAGGAUCGAGCAGAUCAACCUCUACCCUGGAGAGGGUGACGCUCAUAUCCAUUUCAUCAGACCCUGGGCCGAAGGAGCCAUUUCCACCGCUCGAUACAAGGGAGUCCAAGUCAAGGAUGUCAUCGCCUACUUUGGGGGUGUCCUGCCGGAGGGGCUUCACAUCGAGGCUAUCGGCGCGGAUACCUAUUUCAAGAAGAACAAGGUGUUCAACUACACCGUGUCGGUACCCUACCGAAAGGCCAAAUACGAUGAGGCUUUGUUGGCUUAUGAGAUGAACGGAGAGCCGCUCCCUAAGAUUCAUGGUGGACCUCUCAGGCUGGUCGUGCCGGGUGUCAUUGGGGCCAGGAGUACCAAGUGGGUUACCAAUAUCAACAUCUUGCCGGAACCCAGUAUGGGCCCGGUGCAGCGCCAAGAGUAUCUGUAUUACACUCAGCAGGUCGGAAAACACAACGCCACCUUCGCUCGAGGGUUCUCCAUCCAGGAUAUGCCUGUUUCGUCGGCGAUUUUGACCCCGGGGGACAAGGAAGCCAUCGUCCACGACGGAUUCAUCCAUUGUGAAGGUUGGGCGUACUCUGGCGGUGGUUCUUGGGUCGAGAGGGUCGAGAUUUCCAUCGAUGGCGGUUUCAUCUGGAACGAGGUACCCGAGGAAAACCUCUCUCCCAAGCACUACUACGCGAUGAGGUUGUGGAAGAUGGACGUUCCAGUUCCCGUUGAAGGUUGGAUCGAGUUGGUCGUGCGAUGCUGGGAUUCUCACAUCAAUACGCAGCCGACCUACGUCCGAACGGCCUGGAACUGGACUUUGCACGUUACGUCUUCCGCGCACCGUGUGCCGGUUUACUCGAUCAACCGGUCGAUCCCGGCAACAGCCCAGCGAUUGAAGUUGCUCGAAGAACAUGGCGAACCCAUCGUACCCAUCACUCACCCGGUUGAAUUUGCGGUCGAAGGCGAGGAUGAGUAUCUCGACGCCAUGAGACUCAAGGGCUCGCGUGAGCCCGUCGAGUGA